AUGACCACAACCGCUAGCCACGACUGCUCCGUGUCUGGCAGCGCAAACGUUGCCCAGCUGGACGUACGACAGUGCGGACCAGCUUCCGGCAGCACUACCAUCUCCGCGUGCACCAUUUCAACUGUACGUAUAGCCUACUCAACUUACGACCAAAUCGUGUUACGACCGGUCCGCGGUCCCGACCAUGGUGCUUCCUGCUUCAAGAUCUGUCACUACGUUGAAAGGGAACCGAUUCGGAAACUUCAAGUUCCUUCGAGGGGAAAGGAGCGGCGGUGGGUAGGAAGGGUGACAAGGCCGGUUCAAAGCUCCUUAGGGGGCAGGAGGAGGAAAAGGAUUAUCCUACGCGACAGGCUCUCCUGGGGGUGGCGACGAAGGGCAAGGGAAACCGCACAGGUUACCGCCGCCUCCCCUGCCCCGGGCUACCGCCGGCUAGGGGGACCGCAGGUGGGGCUGAAAAAUACGAAUGGCCACCCGGGAAGAGUCACGACUCGGGGCACCGACCCGACUCGGGCUCCUCAGGGGUCCCGGGCAGUCGACCGCCCAGGAAAACCGCUCUUUCUCAGACAGACUGAGGACCGGAGCAGCCCAACCCCUCCAUUUAUGCGCCAGAAGAGCUGCCCCCGCGCCCAGGCGGAUUCGCUCCCGGCCCGACGCGGCGCCUGGCACACCCGAGGUCUCCUCACAACCCCGCCCGCCCUCCCGCAUCCCGGCCUCUCGAGGUCGCCCCUCACCGCUCCCGCUGAAGCUGCGGCGGCGGAGGCUGGUCUCGGAGACGUCCGCCCGCCCGCCCGGCUGCCGGUGGGUCUGGCCGCGACCGCUCCCCGCCCCCCGCCGGCUUGCUCACCUCUUCCUCCGGCUCCUCCUCCUCCUUCUCCCGCAGCCGCCGCCACAGCCGCCGGAAGCGUCACUUCCUCUCCAGCAGGCCCAUCUCUUCCGCAUUGCGCAUGGGCGGGGACGGAAGAUCCGCCCCUUGAGAGGGAAGGGGCGGGGCGUCAGGAGGGAGGCCACGCCCACUCGGGGGCCGACCUGCCAGGCCGAGCACCAGCGGACUGCCGCAACCUCCGCCUCCAACAACCUUCGCCUGCAGCUGCCGCCUCCAGCUGCCGCCUCCAGGCCGCAGCUGCGGAUCCCACCGCCGGGGGUGCAGGGAGAGGGAAGAUCCGGCCUCCUUGGUCCCCUCGCAUGGGCUCUUCAGAGCGUGAGCGCCAGGGAGGGACUCCGGGGAAGAGCUUGGGGGGCUGUGUUUUGCUGCUGCCCAAGCUGGGCGUCAGGACCACCCCCUGCCGCCCUCACGGGCCUGACGGGCAAGGAGGGAGACGGUCGGCUCGCCGAGCCAACCAGGUGGCGCUUGAAGAGCUGUCCAUGGUGUCGCCCAGCAAAAGGCACCGAGUUCCUAGUCUCAGCAUCUGGGUAGGUAGCAGAAGAAAAACUAAUGCUUGCUCUGAAACAGUUCUCUCUUCGGUGCCUUUUCUUGUGUGUUCUGGAGGUCACAGGGUUCUAUCGAAGAGUGCUCAGGUGUAUUCGGUGGAGAGUGGGAAGUCACAAACCACGAUCUCAAGGCUGAGUCCAACAAAACAUGGCUGUAGGGAGGCCACAACAGCGACAGCUGUGGUUGCCACUAAUGGAUGAAUACCUUUUGCCUACCGUUGAAUUUAGUAACUAAAGGCACCUGUUUUAUCUCAUCCUUAUUUUUCAACAGAUCGUGCUUCCUGGCUAAUAUCAGCGUGUCUCAUAGAGUUCUUAUUUGUUUCUAUUGAGUAGACCUAAUAAGAAUGAAGUCAAAGCCUACAGAGCAGAAAGCAGUUGAAAACCUGAAGAACCCCCCACUCAAACUGUUUCCACUUGCGUUUGCUUUUUCUUUACCUCUUCCCCUUCUGAUUUUUAACAGCCAAGGCAGAAUUUAAAUUUGGUUAUGUUGCAAAAAUCAUUUCCCCCUUCA